GGUGUGCAAAAAGCUCGAAUAGUAUGACGGAGCUCGAGCCGGGCUCGAUGUCUCGAGCAUUAGAAAUUUUCGAGUACUCGAAAAUAUUUGAGCACUCAAAAAAUUCAAGAGGUCGAAAUUAUUUUAGCUUUUAUACUUUACGAGAAGCUCGAAAAUAUUCGAUCGAGCUUUUUCAUUUUCGAGCUUCAUUGAAUAAGUUAUAAAUAUUUAAAUAAAAAAAUUUAUUAUUAUUUCAUAUCGUAUUCUCUAAAUAUUCAAAUAAAAAUUUGCCUUGUGAUUUCAAUCUUAGGAACUGAGUCAAAAAUUGCCUUGUUUAAAAGAAACAAUUGCUUUGCGUGUAUUGCUUUUAUUCUUAGGCAAAAAUUGCCUAAGUAAAAAACACAUUCUGCUUAUUAUUUUUUGCAGUGUAAUAUGGUUUAAAAAUGUGAGGUUUAGGAAAGUGCUUCAUUUCAUCACGCGAAAAUAAAGGGCUAUUAUACAUUAUUUUUAGAUGAUAUUGAAACUGUCCUUUUUCUGCUGAAGCAGAAAAUUACUAAAUGUAAUUCUACAUUUUGCAGUGAGUCAAACAAGGAUUCUGUUACAUUUCUUUAUCAUGAUUCCUCUAAACUUCUAAGUUCAGAGUAAUUAUGAGAAAAAAAUGUAUUCACUAUCUGACGUACCAAUUAUAGAAUCUAGAUUUUUGUUUUGUAUCCUUAUUGUUCAACCUAUAAUUAUUUAAAGUUACAAAAGCAGCAAUUUUUUUCAAUGUAAAAAGAAAGGUACUAAUUUAGUACCAAUUUUGGAUACUAAAUCGUGAUUUGGUUCUAUUUUAAUACCGAAAAUCAGCUCUAAUUCACAACCUUUUAUUUACAGUGUAAAUAUCAAUUUUUUCUUUUUCUUUAGAAAAUUAUUGUUCAACAAAUUUUUUUCCAUUUUCUAUAUCUGUAAACAGCUUCGCAGAAUGUGCCAAGUACUUCUUUGAAUAGGAAGGAAAUAAUAAGCUCAGAUGAUGGUGUCGAUUUAAUAGUUACUGAUUUCAUGGCAGACAAUAACAAAAUUGUCGAGAAGGCUAUUCAUUCUGAUUUGCAAAAAAAGUCACGAAAGCUUUCUCCCGAUUCUGGUAAUAUUGAAAGAUUUAAAAGUAUUAUUAUCAUAAGGGACAAUAGUUAAGUUGAAAAUUUAUUCUUUGUUCAAGAAUACUUACAAAACUUAUUUAAGAAUUGGGGAUAUGGGAAAAACCGUAGGUUGAAAUAUUAUUUUAAGCUUUUCGAGAAGAUCUGUAGUUAAUUUAUGGACAACUUAUUGAAGUUUCAUGAAGAAUUACAAAACUGGUUAAUGAAUCGAAAAAUAUGAACUUAAAAAAAUUUGCCUGCGUGAGUACUCAAACUCGCAAACAGGCGCUGUAUAUCUAUAGUUUACGCUUCGUUCUCCUUGACAGUUUAAUUCUUCAGCACAUAGUGACUGAGAUAUUCAGUCGCGGCGUCAAGAACAAUUAUUUUAAAGCCAUAGCAAAAACACCUGAAAAUUCUUUAAUGAAUAUUAAACUUUUCGGAAAAAUAUCAAAUUUUUCUCUAAUUCUUAAUUUUUCAAUAAAUUUUGAAAUUUUUCUUGAACAAUGAUUUUUCGUUUAAUUAUCAUGAAAUAUAUUAUCGUUAACACUUUGCGUUGCACGAAAAAAUGUUAAUGUGUAGUAAGUAGAGAGGCUUAAUUACAGUGGGAAAUCUUUACCAAGUUAUGUAGGCUUAGCAUCUAAAAGGUUUUUUGUCAAAUCCAUAUUUUAGAGCUAAUGCACGUCUUCCUGUGGGCCGUGGUAUAUGUAUUUCCGAAGUUUAUAGUCCGGAGAAUUUUUGUUUCAGGAAAUAUGUAAUAUGUACUUAACGAAUUCUCUAAAAAAAUCCUAUUUCUUUAUCGCUUUUCUACAUAAGUCGCACCCAAUAGAGAGUAACAGUGAUGAAGGAAAUUUGAUGAAGGGAGUUAAAACUUUACAUAACUAUGAUAACUCAUCAAGGUGUAGAAACUAAACAAUGAUAAAAUAACUCGCGUGGGAGAUGAUGCUCAACACCCUGUUUUUCACUCUUGGUAAAACCAACACCGGUGACCGUCAACUUCCUAAAAUUUUUACAGUGUAUAUUAGCAACUUUGCUAAUAGAAAGCCCCAUCCUAAAGGGUAGACACUACCACCUCUUAUAAAGACGAGCUACUAAAAUUUAAGAAUCACAUUUGGACCAUUCUCAAUCUAUCAAGCGCAUUAUCUUAUCAUUUUAUUUUGAGUUAAUUGUUUAAUCAAUUGUUGCUUUUCGUUUUGGACGAAAAAAUUCAAAAUGAAGACUAAAAAUUUUCUAAUUCAGCCAGAUUAUUUAAAUAAAAAAUUUUUUCCAUCGAUAUUUAUAAUUUUUCAUCCGGAUUGCUUGCGAAAAAAGCUUGCUAAAAUUGUAAGGUUACUUUAUCGGAAGAUUUCUGCAAGGUUACGUGCUAUAUGGGUAAAAAAUAUUUUGGGAGUAUAGUUUUGUGACAAAAAUUAAGCUCAGAUACAAACUAUUACCAACCUUAAAAUGAAAAAACUUAAUAAGCCUUUCAAAGUAGAAAUUAUGAAUCUCUGAAAAUUGCAUCAUAUUUUUUUCAAUAUAUUGUGAAUUAAAUCAUGUAGUUCUCACAAAAAAUGUUGAAUGAUUUGAAAGUUUUAAUUACUCAAUUAAAAUGCAAUUAGAAAGUGAUGAUUCAAUGCAUGAUGGUGACUAUGAUCCCACAAAAUAUAUGCGUCCAGCGUUAACUCAAAUUCUUCAGCCACAAUCUGAAAGCGAUGAUUCCAUGAACGAUUCUGAUAUUACACGCAGAAAUUUGAUCAACACUAUUCAGACAGAGGCACAAGUUCAUAACCCUCGGUCCGUUUUACACCGUGGUAAUCCAACUACUUUGGAAAAGCAAGUUUCUCGCACAGAAGAAGAAAUGGAUGGUUUGAUGAAAGACGACGACAAUGAAUUUGAAAAUACUUCAAGCAAUGCUCCUUCACCAUUGCUGAGGAGGCAUCCUUCUAAAUUUGUUAAACUUUCCAAGGCAACUUCUGUUAAUACAGAAGAAAUUGAAGUUCUUCAAGAUAGCGAUGAUUCGACGAAGGGUACUGAGGAUAAUUUUCAUCUCUUUUCUCCUCAACCGACUUCAAAAAGUUAUAUUUCGCAGUCUGGCGAUGAGUCAAUGAACGAAGGCGCCAAAUUACAAGGAAAUAAUGUCUCUCCAUCUUCCCAAAAAAAUAAUAAUGAUAAUUCUAAUUCAGCUUCAGAAAUUCAGAAGUCAUCUCAUAAAAAAAAUAAGAAACAAGUAAUUGUUAAUUUAGAGAGCGAUGAUUCAUCUGACGAUUGCACUAUCCCAGUUAAAAAGCAGAAAGUAAGAAAAGCUGAGUCAAAGGAGAAAUCAGUAAAGCACAAAAUUACAAAACGGGAUCGUAAAUUCAUGAAAGAUUCUGACUCUGAAGAGAGUGAAAGUGAAAAAGAAACUAUUAAAAAGUAUUCAAUAGUUACUGAGACUAAAAAAAGUGGAAGAAAGGUUGAGAAAGUUUAUUUAGGAAAAGAAGAAUAUAUAAAAAAAGACACAUGGGAUGCAAUUAACACUCUAGAUGAUUCAAAGUUCGUAAAGUACUUAGCAGCGGCUAUUUGGACCCGUUCUGUACUUGUAAAUCGUUGCAUUAAAAAUACGGGAAGGUUAAUUCCAUUGCCGGAUAGGUCGCCUAGAAAACUUCUUACUCCUAAAAAGAAAAGUGUUGUAGAAGCCUGUUUUAAUGACUACCUUGAUGAAAGGAAGGUUCACGGAGUGGAAAAAGGAACUCGACUGAAAAAAUGUGGAUACUACAUUAGCCAACAUAUUGGCAGUUUGAGAAGUCAAUUGUACCCUGAAAUGUCUCAAAACAAUAAGAAGCAUACUCAAGAGCCAGAUUCAGAAGAGGAAGAUUAAAUUCCGAGUUGAAAGUUUUAUAGUUUAGUCCGUUCAAUUUCAUUUUAUUAAGUUAUUUAGAGUAAUUAAUUUUCAUAAAUUCAUUUCAAUUUCUUUUUUCUUCAUCUAUUUUUUUCUAUUAUUACUAUUAAAGUUCAGUUCAAUUUACUGUUUUAUAUAUAAAACAAAAACUAUUUAAUUAAAUAAAGCAAUACAAAUUGUUAUGCGUUUUUACACAAUUUUUAUCUAAUAGAUAUUAAAAUGAUUGUAAUUAAUACACCUGAGUAGCACAACAUUUGAGCUCAAUAUUGUACCAAUAUUACCUGGCAAUGUUAAAUGUACCUAUAUAUAUAUAUUUAACAUUAUGCUACUGCCUACCAAGUUACAAAAAAUAUAGUAAUGCUACCCCAUACUAUCAAGAUGUUACUCCGCAUGAUAUUGAUAGUAACGGUUACUAUCUAGAUAGCUGUCCGUAUUUGUAGCAUUAAAGAUGGUCACCCUAACCACAAUUAUGUUACCCACUACUAUAAAUUUCACUCCGUGAUAUCUUAGACAAUUAAUUCAUAGUCAGUUUCUUAAAAUUAUCACUUACCUAAAAAAAAUUUCAGAUUUACCUAAAAAUGCAUUUUUAUUAUUUUUAAGAAUGUUGGGGAAUUGUGGACCAUUGCCUGAAUUGAGUUCAAAAUAAAAAAUAACGAUUAAAUAUAUUAGAAACAUUAAACUUAAAAAAAUGACACAAAAAUAAAAAACGAUUUUUUGAAAAUUACAACUAAGGUUGCCACCUUAAAAUUGUCGAGAAAUAUUGUGACAAUUUAAGCUCAAAUAUUGGUUUGUCGGAUAAAUAAGAAGAACAAAUAUAGUUAGUAUGAGAAGAAAUUUAAAAAUGUAUUUGAACAGCUAUAGUUUUAAUUCUUUAUAAAUGCAAGUACUUCAAUAUAAUUUAAACUGAUAUACAAAAUUGUUAUGAUGGACUAGUUGUUUCCAUUCAUAUUUUAAAUGCAAUAUGUUAACCUUUGUAUGAAGAAAAUCUUUUCUCAAAACAUAAAAUUGUUAUUAAAUAUU